GCUGGACCGUCUAUCUCAUUAUUUUUGGUCAACACUGACCGGAAAUGCCGACUCUUGAAAUCCCUUCAAGCCUUUGUAUACAGGUCUCACGUUGAGCUCGCUUGCUUGACAUAGUUAGCUGCCUUCGCGAAGUUCGCGUCAACGUUUCAACUCCAGUAGGAAGAGGCUGGCUUCCCUGUAAACUAUCUAAUUCAUGGUUGAAACAGUUACACUCUCUGAUGGCCACACCAUGCCCGCUAUUGGGCUUGGUGUCUACUUGAACGAUGAAUGCGCGGAAGCUUGCGAGGUUGCCCUUCAAAAUGGUUACCGAAUGAUUGAUGGGGCCCGGUACUACGAGAAUGAAGUUCAAGUCGGUGUUGGGGUAGGGAAAAGUGGCGUUAAGCGCGAAGAUGUCUUUAUCACUUCGAAGGUCUACCAUCCGGAUUUCACCUACGAUGGCACGACGGCUGCUUUGAAAGAAUCAAUCGCGAACCUUGGAUCUUCGUAUUAUGAUUUAUACCUGACCCACAGCGCCCUUGGAGGUAAGGACGCACGUCUUGCCGCCUACAGAGCUCUUUUGGACGGCAAGGCGAGCGGAAUGAUCAAAUCUGUCGGUGUCUCCAAUUAUUCGGCAAAGCACAUAGAAGAGAUCCGUGAGGCUGGUCUAGAAAUUCCCGUUGUGAACCAAAUAGAGUUACAUCCGUUCUGCCAACAGAAACCCAUCGUCGAAUAUUGUAAGAAGAACAACAUCGUUGUCCAGGCCUACUCCCCUCUUGUGUGUGGUGCUCUCGACAACCCCGUCAUCCAGGAGCUCUCUACAAAGUACUCCAAGGAUCCUGCUCAAAUUCUUGUCAAGUGGUCUUUGCAACGAGGAUUUGUGCCUUUGCCCAAAUCCUCGCAGCCCGGACGUAUCAUAUCCAACGGCCAAGUAUUUGGUUGGGAAAUUGAACCUACGGACAUGGCAAAGCUUGACGCGUUGGACCGCGGGAAGGAGGGCGCAGUUACUUGGAAUCCAGUCGACGUCGAUUAAGAAGUCUAGUCAGCCGCCUCAGGGCUGCAUCCUUGUGCAAAUAUAGAUAUUCCCUCUUGUUAACCUCCUGUUGACCCCUGUCGUUGUUAGUGUAGUGGUCAUUGUGUUUUUCUG